AUGCUAUCUGUUAUGGCAGCUGCAAAUUCUUCUGCAAAGGAAUCCAAGAACCAGAAUGCCCAGAGGAAAGAAGUUCCUAAAAAGAAGUCAAAAGGCUCCAAAUCCUCAAAGAAGCCUGGCAUCUGUUCAGUAUUCUGUAAAUAUUUUUUACUCACCCUCCUUCUCUUGUCUGGCCUUGGAACCAUGUUGUAUUUUGUGAACAAUGAUGUACAGGAAGUUGUUGACAUUUAUAUUCAACAUGCAAAAGAUGCAGAUCUGGGUAACCUGAAAGGAAUUUUUGAAAAUUUCCCAUCAAUUUUAUCUGAUGAAUCACAGGAAUCAGUUGAAGAGAAAAAAGAAUCUUAUCCAAUGGAAAAUGAUUUUGUUGAUGAUGAUGAAGGAGAACUCCGGGGAAAUCUACCACCACCUGUCACGGAAACAAAGCCUGCAGUUGAGGAGAAACCUGUAGAGGCAGCAGCAGUUGUAACUGAUGCAAAAGAAUCGGAAACCAAAGCAGCUGAACAUGUAGAAAAACCAGUGAUUGAGGAGCCAGUAACACCAGUAAUAGAAGAGACUGUGGUUCCUGUAGCUGAAGAACUAAAAGUAAAGGAGUCACAUCUCCCUGUAGCUGAAGAACCUGAGAUACAGGAACAUGAUGUUCCAGUGGUUGAGGAACCCAAGACACUUGUGGCUGAAGAGCAGGAUACCCCGAUGGUUGGGGAACCUGAAGAACUGAAGCCUCAGGAACCUGAAGUCCCUGUGGCCAAGGAUAUGGUAGCAGAUGAGCCAAAGGCUCAGGAGCCGGAAACUCCCAUGACUGAAGAGCCAAGGGCCCAAGAGCCUGAAACUCCCAAAGAGCCAAGAGCGCAGGAAGCUGAGGCUCUCAAAGUCGAUGAGCCACAGAUCCAGGAAUCUGAAGCUCCUGAGCCUGAUGAGCCACGGGCACAGGAAGCUGAAGCUCCUGAGCCUGACGAGCCGCUGCCCCAGGAAGCUGAAGCUCCUGAGCCUGACGAGCCGCUGCCCCAGGAAGCUGAAGCUCCUGAGCCUGAUGAGCCGCUGCCCCAGGAAGCUGAAGCUCCUGAGCCUGACGAGCCGCAGGCCCAGGAAGCUGAAGCUCCUGAGCCUGACGAGCUGCGGCCCCAGGAAGCUGAAGCUCCUGAGCCUGACGAGCAGCGGCCCCAGGAAGCUGAAGCUCCUGAGCCUGACGAGCCGCGGCCCCAGGAAGCUGAAGCUCCUGAGCCUGACAAGCUGCGGGCCCAGGAAGCCGAAGAUCCUGAGGCUGACGAGCCGCUGGCCCAGGAAGCCGAAGAUCCUGAGGCUGACGAGCUGCAGCCCAGGAAGCAGAAGCUCCUGAGGCUGACGAGCAGCUGGCACAAGAAGCUGAAGUUCCUGAGGCCCAGGAAGCCAAAACUCCCAAGGCUGAUGAGUUGA